CGCGCAACCAAAUCGCUGACUACCCUAUUGCAUACAGGUGGGUUUGUCGGCAUUCUUGGUUAUCAGUGCCUACGCACACUGUCGUAGCCUAUCGCGAUCAAUUAGAUCGCGUAGCUGAACAUAGAUUUAAUUUCACCCCUUACGAUGACUAUCUCGAUGCCUUGCCCCCAUAUUGCACAGCGGGGAGGAUUUUGUGGACUGCUCGUGUUCCGCUUAUUUUUUACCACGUGGUGGAAUAUCACCACCCUGACCGGUUCUGCAGGCAAUUCAAUGGUUUGCAGGUUGUGCCAGCAGAUGUGGUGUACGACCAACGGUUGCACGAUAUGGACCAACGGGGUAGGUCUCGGACUAAUUGGUCACUAAAACACGCAGAGCACGUGGCCCGUUAGAAUGCUCGGUAUGAUUUGGUUAUCCACAUGCAAUGAACUGAUCGACCGCAGGUUGUGGAUAGGUACCACACAUGGUACUACAUGCACGGUCAACGGCUUAUUGGUAACCCUUCGCAUUAUAGUAACCAGGGAUUCGUGCAGUGUGCAGCAUCACUGAAUGAUGCGAUGCAUGCCUUCAACCGGUUGAGGUUAGAUUCCCAUCAGGUCCUCGACAAUCCUGACGCCGAUCGCGAUGCAUUCAUUAGGGAUGUUGAGCAGCGGAGUACUGAUAUGAUGAUCAAUACUGAGUACGAGUUCCUAUUGCACGUGGCACCGCAGCAAUACUUUGGGGCUCCGAUGCCGGAUGAACCAUUUGGCCCUCGGCGUGCAGAUGGUCGUCGAGACAGGCCCAACAUGCGUGGUAAAACGUAUGUUGUGUUUGUUGGUCGCCAACCGGAAAUAUAUGACAAUUGGGAGGAUGCAAAAACUCAAGUGCAUCGCUAUAGCGACAACUUGUAUAAAUCAUACAACUCGAGGGAUGAAGCCAUUCAAGCUUUCAACAGAUUCAUAAGUAGUCAACGACAUGAUUCCCAAGCAUGCAGUUCUAAUUCCGCUUCAAGUUCCAGCUCCACCGUACCGAAUACAAACACAUUUUCAAAUGAGGAAAUCUUAGCUCGUAUGCAAGAUGAACUCGCACGUGAGAAUCACGAGCACGCGAUGAAACUGGAUGCAAUCGUUGAAGAAUUUAAACAUCUACUUUCCAAAUAAGUUAACAUAAUGUUUGAAUAAAUAUUUGCAUGAGUUUACUCCAUUGUUGUU